AUCUGGUCGCAUUUAUCUAACCAAAUUCCAGACGGCCCCGGGAAUCCAAUUGGGAGUGGAACUCCUCGAGGAGAGAUUAGUAAUUUGAGGCGCUGCUGAUGCAACUGCCCUCUCCGGAACUCCGCCCUCUUUUCUCUCUCUUUAUCGUUUUCUCUCUCAAGAAAACAUCAAACCAAGAGAAAGAGAAAUCCAUCCAACGCAUACUCUCUCACUCCCUACUCCCCACUGCCACCACCACCACCACACAGUGCUCUGCUCUCUUCUCCACUCCAUCAUUUCCAUCACCGUCCACCGCCAUGGACGCUUAUGAAGCUACUAAGAUAGUCUUCUCCAGGGUUCAGAGCUUGGAUCCAGAUAACGCUUCGAAAAUCAUGGGUUACAUACUGAUUCAGGACCAGGGGGAUGAAGAGAUGAUAAGAUUGGCCCAUGUUCCUGAUACUUUCCUCUUGUCUCUCAUCAAUCAGGCCAAGGAUUUUCUUGGCCUUCCCUCCAACUCUUCUUCUUCCUCCUCGCAUUCUGCGCCUUGUUCGCCUUCCCCCUUCAGUCCCACUACCAAGUUCGGCCCUCUCACCCACUCGCCCCCCAGAAUCACGAUUCCUAACAACAAUGGCUUCCCUUCUUCUCCGUCGUCUCUCUGGCCCUCUGGGUCUCCUGCGUUUUCCAGAAAUCACCUCUCAUACGCCGCCGUGGUUAACGGUUCCACAAACCCUCCUCCGGCCUCCUCCGCCACUCCCAGUUCUUCUCCUCACCCUUUCUACAAUGGGGAGCCCACUGAUCAGUUUGAGCCUUUUGACCCGAUAAUGAGCCCGACCGGGAACAAGAGCGAUUCACUUAUUUUCCCGUACGAGGAAAGCCCUGACCCCCACCAGCAGCUUCACAGGCGGCGGUUCUCGAUGAGCGACGGUUAUCUUGGUGGAUCAGAAGACGGUUUGAGGCCUUGCAUGUACUUCGGCCGGGGUCUUGCCAAGAACGGCGGUGGCUUUACUGACUCGGCGGCUGAUGGGUCUGCUUCCGUUUUCGGUGGUUCUCCCGGAAAAAUUGACGCCGCCUCUUUGGAUGAGCUUGUUCGGAUCAAAGCUCUUCAGCAGCAGAGGUUUUCACAGCUCAUGGCUUCUAGUGCUCACCACCCUUUCUCGUACAACAAGUGCAUGAACAUUCUGAACGAUAACCCGAGGUCUCCACCAGCUGCAUUGAUGCUGGGGGAAGAGCUUCGCAAGUUCGGGCGUUGCCGAUCAGAAGUUAAUGACUACUCCAGCAUGGGUUUGGCCGGAUACUCCAAUUCUUGCUCGCGGCAAAUAUACUUGACAUUUCCUGCUGAUAGCACCUUUAGUGAAGAGGAUGUUUCUAAUUACUUCGGCUUGUAUGGGCCAGUGCAAGAUGUAAGAAUUCCUUACCAACAGAAGAGAAUGUUUGGGUUUGUCACAUUUGUGUACCCGGAGACUGUGAAGCGGAUCUUGGCCAAAGGGAAUCCACACUUUGUGUGUGACUCUCGUGUGCUUGUGAAACCCUACAAGGAAAAGGGGAAUAUCCCAGAAAAAAAACAGCAGCACCAGCAGCACCAUAUGGACAGGGGGAAGUUUUCAUCUUGCUUAAGCCCAUCUGGUCUUGAUUCUCUGGAGCCCCAUGACCUUCCUUUCGGACCAAGGAUGUUUUAUAAUUCACGCGAGGCAAUGCUUCGAAGAAAGCUAGAGCAAGAUGCUGAGCUGCAACAGGCCAUUGAGCUUCAAGGAAGAAGACUGAUGAAUAUGCAGCUUUUGGACCAGAAAAAUCAUCAUAAUUAUCAUCAGUUCCAGCCUGCUUCAUAUCCUGGAAUUUCAGUCCCUUCUUUGAGCAGUUCUCUUUCACAAAACUAUCACAGUCUUGUCCCAGAAAUCAAUGCUGACCACCAUGUGAAGCUUCCAUGGGAGCAAACUGAAGCCCAUGAGAAUGAUAGUGGAAAUGAUAAUAGUAUCAAAAAGGAGCAAAGCUCGAAUCUUGAUGCCCUUGAACUGAAUGCAAGCACGGAGAACAAGCUUCCAGAUGGCCUUUUUGCAUUCCCUGCAAAAUAUAAGGUGGAAGUAGACAGUGCUUCUUCACAUGCACCAACGGACGCAGAUGAUAGUUCCUCAGCAACACCCUCCAAUGACAUCCCUGCCAUGCUCCCGUCUACUUCUGCUCUCAACAUGGCUUCUCUUCAAGCAUGUUCCCUGAAGAUCCCUAAGUUAACUACCGGACAAGAAGCCAUUGAAGUGUAGGCAGUAGACUUGAGCAGGAAAGCUGACUUGUAUAUCCAUAACAAAGAAAAGAUCUGCAAGGAGGAUCGCUUUAAAGACAUGUUUUCAUCAUCAAUAGGAUAUUACCGGCAAGGAUACAUAAUGCAUAUGUAUAGGACAGAUGAACUGGUUUAAGGGGAGUAGGAUCCCUCUGUCUAUUUUGUACCCUCUUUUGUAGUUGUGUGCUGGACCCCACAUACACACACUCACAUAAGAAUAGCAUCAUCCUCAUAACAAACAUUACCCCCCACCCCCUAGUAGUCGUAAUAUGCCCUAGUAGUAGUAGUGGUGGUGGUAUAACUCUAUAUUUUGUCCUACAAUCUUAUAAUCUUAUUACCUCAUAUUUACCCUUGUUUCUUAUUUCCUACUUUACGUCUUUACCAGCUCAUCCCGAUUUCCCGGUAAAUCGCUACAGUACUAAUAAAUAAUUACUCCCGCAGUAGCCGUAAAAGUUCCUCUAACCAAUUCUUUCAUUGGCAUAAAUUGUAGGAGCUGUGCUAGGUGUACACAUUUUUGUGUACACCUUUUGUACACUCGCUUGUCUCGCGCACAAGAAAUUAUCUGUCCACAUACAGAAGUGCGUGAGACAGACGAAUGUACAAAAUGUGUACACAAAGCAUUUUUCAAAUUUUAUUUACUUGUUAAGCUGCCUUGUGAAAGAAAAUCCUAUUUAGGGGCGACCAUUAGGGGUGGAACUGGUUCUGAUUUUGGAGCAGAACUCAAGAGAGUAAAGAACUAGAACCAUGGCCCUUUUUUCUGGACCGUUCUAAAUCGGUUUGGCCGUUUGGGUAUCCAUUUUUUACAUCUAAAAUAGGCCUAAAGGUUGUGUUGACUGAAUCAGAAUCAGAACGGGUUUACCUGGAUAAAUUUAAUGUUACCCGAUUUCCCUCGCUCUGAUCUCUCCGUGAAAAAUCAGAUCGAGACGGGCUCAAGUCGACGCUAGCGUCUAUAUGGUGAUUAAGUGUAAAGUGUAUUUGUUUGGAUUAAAGAAUGCAUCCAGGUCCCCCGAAAAGGGAAAUAAUCGGAACUUUAACGGUGCUAUCUGCCUAUCUGGUAUUUGUUUGGAUUUCGGUCCUGAUUCGGUUCUUGGUGAAUUCUUGACUUGAUUCAAAAGAAAAAAAGUGGCCCGGUUUGGUCUUAUUUUUGAGGCACUGGCCUGGAACAGAUAAAGUCCCUAUCCUGAAUCUGAUCAUUGGUUUAGUUUUUUAGAGAAUAACAGGGUGGUUCUGGGCGGGUUCAGAACCUGAAACUCAAGCUUUAGAUCUGAUAUGCAGAAAGGUGAAUUUAUUCACAAGAAAAACUUCCCAAGAAGAAGAGAUUAGGUGGAUGAGAGGGUUAACUACUGCAGGGAAGAAAGGGCCUAAAAGGGAAAGCAAGUGUGAGAUCUUUUAGGGUGGGGGUGUGGGUAAAGUUACCAUCAUGCCAUAUUUUUGAUUGCUCCUCUCUGUUCAGACACUGCCCUUUAUGGGGCCUAGAAGGAGAGAGGGGUGCAGAAAAAGCAAAGUAAAGCUAGGAUUCUUUAAUGCAAUUUAAAGUGACUUUGGAGGACUCUUUUGUCCUUUUCUUUGGUUUCUUUUAGGCUGGACAUGAAAGGGUGAGGGCCA